AGUCAAAGCCAAAGUUCCUUUCCCCCAAUUCCUUCUCAACCAUGGCUCAGAUAACCCCCACGACAGUCUCGUUGUGGAAAUACAAGAGACGUUAAAGAACCGACAAGAAACACUUGCGUUACAGUGUGUGUAUUCACACACACACAUGUGCCACUCGCACGGCCGUGUCUCAUUGGCGGGCCAACGUCUCUGGGCGGGCCAGGCAGAGUAAGGGGAGGAGCUUAGAUGCUUUAUGACGACAUAAAUAAAGACAUUCCAAAUCAGCGCGCUUGAGCCUCCGUUUUUUCAAAGGCGAGCAGAACAGCUAGUGCUUAUUUUACACCAUACGCACGUUUUAGCCACUGGGGGACCAUAGGCAGGCUAGGGGAACUCAUAUUUAUGUUUGAAAACCUCAUAAAGGGAGAUUUUCAUGUCAUGGGACCUUUAAUAAAAUGUGUUUCCUAUGCAGUGGCCAAUGAGAGUGCUCCAGAGUACGCCCAGUGGCCCGGGUUCCUGUCAACGUUGGCUCUGGCCACGGACCAGGGCAGUAAGCUGGGUCUCUCCAAGAACAAGAGCAUCACCUGCUACUGUAGCACGUACCAGAUUGUGCAGUUAAAUUGGCUACCACUAGUAAUAAGCUUCAUCGCCAUUAGCAGUGCCAACACGCGUCUGAUCAUCAGUCUGGAGAAGGAGCUGAUCCCAUUCCUCGAAGAACUUCGACAAGUAGUGGAGACGGCUCAGAGCUUCUGGUCCUGGGCUUGGAACCAUUGUCCUCCCCACACUUUCUCUUAACAUGUUCCCCACUCCUCUUUAAAUAAAUCUUUCCUCUGUCA